AUGGGGCAGAUCAACCAAAGGCACUGCGAUGUCAAGACCAUCAACGAGAAGAACAAUUGCGUUUACUAUGUGGCUGUCAAGGGCGUCUCUCCUUCUGCUUUCACACUCCUUGCAACUGUCCCUUCACUGCCAGUGCCAUUGCCUCUGUCGCAGAUUGUGAAAGUCACUCUACCACCAGGUGGCGCUCAGUACUUUUUGACUCCUGUGGACCUACUGGAAAUGCCGACUGCGUUGGAGGUAGCCUGCUCUGGAGCAUUGAACAACGUGACCAUUAAGGUGGUGCCUUCGGCAGAGGCCAAGCACCUCUACACCAGGGAAAUGCCAAAGGCAGAUUUGAGUGCAUCCUUCUUUGCAGGAGUCUGGAGCCUUGACCUUGCGCCUGAGAGGUUGAAGCCGUUCUGCAAGGACAAUUGCACAGUUCUUUCCAUGUUGAAAGCCAGCUCCGUGCAGUCUGUGUGCGCUUUAUCCUUGCAAGAGUCAAGGCCUGGCAGAAAUGCAUCGGGUCUUUGUCAGCCGCUUGAGGCAGGAGCACCAUCACGUGGCAAGUUGCAAGGCUUAGCGUUGCAAGGCUCAGCGCUUUGUUUUAGUUUGAGGAUACCUUCUGACGGAGAUGUUGUCGUCAAUGUGAGCCCUUUGACCGAUUGCCACCCUCGCGUUCAGGCCACAUGGUUGCUGCCACACGGUCGCUGA